AUGGCUGAAGCGGCUGAACCGGUUUGCGCAUCCGAUCGGCUACCCGCCGCCGGGGAUGUCAUCGUCAGCGGGCAGGCGAGCUACCGCCUGGACACGGUGAUCGGUGACGGCGGCUACGGCCAGGUGUUUAUGGCCAGCGAGGGUGGCAAAAAGUUCGCCGUCAAGUGCGAGAAGUACAGCCGGUCGAUGCUGCGCAUCGAGUGCAACGUGUUGCGCGAGCUGAACGCCGCCAAGUGCAAGCAUAUCUGCGAGAUGUUCGCCUAUGGCUCGCUGCGCAAGGAGUACGUGUUCGUGGCGAUGACGCUGCUCGGCCGCGACCUGCACCGCCUUCGCUCCGAGAUGCGCGAGCGGCGCUUCACGCGCCCCACCGCACUUCGCGUCGGCCGACAGUCGCUCCAGGCCAUCGAGGAAAUCCACAACGUGGGCUUCUUGUCGCGCGACAUCAAGCCGGGCAACUUCGCGCCCGGCAUCCGCGACAACAACCAGCACCGCACCAUCUUCCUCUACGACUUUGGCCUAGCCCGCAAGUACGUCGACGCCAACAACAACGUCAUCGGGUCGCGCGGAGAGGCCCACCAGCGCCUCGACCUGUCGCGCCGUGAUGACGUCGAGUCGUGGUUCUACAUGCUCGUCGAGCUCACCAUCGGCGCCCUCCCGUGGCGCGCUAUCUCAGACCGCCACGCCGUCCACACGUCCAAGCUCGCGGCGCGCACCGACAUCACCUGGCUGAACGGAUGUCCCGAGCAAUACACCACGAUGAUGAGGCUGAUCGACGCCGUCGACUUCCUGUCGGCGCCCCCAUAUGAGCAGCUCCUGAAGUUGAUCGAGGAGGCUUGCCAGCAGGCCGGCGUCAAGGGCAAGGACCGCUGGGAUUGGGACGACGAGAACGCCACCAAUACGCCCACCAUCAGCAAGCUGGACAGCAAGUCCGAGCGCGAGCAGAAGUGCAACCGCGACGCCUCGCAG